GACGAAGAAGACGAAGAAGACGAAGAAGACGAAGAAGACGAAGAAGACGAAGAAGACGAAGAAGACGAGGAAGACGAGGAAGAAGACGACUUUUACUGGGACGCUGGAGUUUAUACACACAUUUACGCUGUUUUUGACGCCGUAACCUUGGCCUGCAUGUGGGUCAGAUAACACCAGUGAAUGGAUGUAUUACGGAAUUAAAUACAACAUGUCAGCACUCGCUUUAAAGUCGUCAACAGUCAAGACGCUAACAGCAGCCGCACUUUCGCGUUGUCUCACGUUUGUGUCUUCACGCAGCAAGUUUGGCAAAGCAAGAAUUCCGCAAGAGAUAUUUGCAGAGCGGUCACAAGAACAUGAGAAGUACGGCGGUGACCCUAACCAGCCGCACAAACUGCACAUAGUGACCAGAGUUAGAAGUGUGGUGAGAAGGCCAUACUGGGAGAAAGACAUGGUCAAGAGUUUUGGCCUUGAAAAGGCAAAUGUCCCUGUCAUCCACAAGAACAUACCUGCGGUCAACAACCAACUAAAGUUCAUCAAACAUCUUAUCAGAAUCGAGCCACUGAGGACUCCGUACGGACUUCCUGCCGAGCAGGACAUGGCCGACUCCUAUAUCAACAGCAAAGGGGAGCUGAUUGUUCGACGCUUGCUUCAGUCUGUCGACACCAAGGCCAUAAAGUCUUAGAUUAUAAAGAUGCUAGUAGUUACACCUGGUGGAUCCAUAAAACAUAAAUUAAAACAUCUGACAGCAAA